UCUAAAGACAGCAGUCCUCCUACAAUGUUCGCUGUGGAGGAAACAGGCGGUGAGCAGAGACGUUCUCCCCCCGUUAAGGUGCUGUCCGGCCAGCUGAGGGCGGCAGGAAACCGGGCGGCCGCUGGCAGCUCCGGCGGGGAGGCCUUCUUGAUCAGAGCGGCCAGAGGUCGCUCUCUGCGGGCGUCACUGGUGUGGAUGCAGGGGACAGUCAUGGAGGCGCAGCUGGAGAGAAACACCGUGCUGCUGAUGGAUGAGACGGGAACAUUUACAGUUCAAGGUGUUAACAACAUCCCAAGAGGGAAACCCUGUUUUUUUCCAGGUAAAUACGUUAUGGUGAUGGGCGUCGUCGAGGCCGUGUCCCCGGAGCCGGUCGUCCGUGCUGUGAAAAUGGCAGACCUCUCAGACUUUGCUGCUCUUCACAGACAGAUGUGGAAGCUGGAGGUGGAGGAGCUGCAGCAGCUGCUGACCUGAACGCAGUCGUUUGGAGCAGAAGGAAAACUAAAAAAAAAAGACACGAGUCUCGACUUUUCUAAUCAACGUGUGUUGAACCUCAAAGACUUUUGCAGCAUUUU